AUGUCAGCAAUUUCCCCUAUUAUGAAAUCUUCCCUUCGUGUGGCCGUUUUACAAACAAAAGUCUUUCCGGAAAAGGCUAGUUCCCUCCGCGGCGCUCGAGAGACUCUGUUAGCAGCAAUUGAUAUAUCCAAGCCAGAUCUAUGUGUUAUUGGAGAGAUGUUCACUUGUCCCUAUCAUCCGAAAUACUUUCGACAAUACGGCGAACGCCUACCCGACCAGAGUCCUACGCUAGACAUGGUCAAAGAAGUUGCCAAAGAGAAAAAUGUGUGGAUAAUUGGUGGCACUGUGCCCGAACUGGAUGAUGCUGAUAAGGUCUAUAACACGGCACUGGUCGUGAAUAGUUCGGGAGAGCUGGUGAAAACUUAUCGCAAGGCUCAUCUUUUCGAUAUUGAUGUUCCUGCGGAUGGUGAUAAGCCUGGUAUUCGUUUUUUCGAGUCCGAAACUCUAAGUCCUGGAAACUCCGGUCCAUGCGUAUUCGACACUCCAUGGGGGCCUUUCGGGCUAGGGAUCUGCUACGAUGUAAGGUUUCCAGAAUACGCAGCUCUGCUUCGAAAUAUAGCUCCCGAUCUGAAGAUGCUUAUCUACCCAGGAGCGUUCAACAUGACGACUGGUCCAGCCCAUUGGAGACUCCUUGGACGGGCACGAGCUCUCGAUACACAGUGCUACGUUGUCAUGGCAUCCCCCUCUCGUAGUGAGAACCCUGAGGAUUAUCAAGCUUGGGGGCAUUCGAUGGUAGUCAAUCCUUGGGGUGAGGUUGUGGACGAGACGGACGAGAAGCAUGGCUGGUUCACUGUGGAUGUAGACUUGACCAUGGUUGAUAGAGUCCGGCGGAAUAUCCCUACGGCCUCUCAGAAAAGAUACGAUCUUUACACGAAAGUACAGCCCGUGGAACAGUCCGAUUAGCAGCAGCGAAUAUUAUCCCUGGUAUGCUCCUCUCUUUCCACAUCGUUCAACUUUUCGUUUCAUUUGUU